AUGUCUGCAGGCAAACCUGCAAUGAGCCUGCAGAAACUUCGUGAGGCGCUGCUGCGUCACUCGCCGCCGCGACGGGCGUGCGGAGUGAAGGCCGCCAACGUUAUUGUCGUUGGCAAGCGCAUGGCCGCGGACGGGUGCGAGUCCAUCGUUUCCCUGGCGAGCCCGCGGGCGGAGGAGCGGCGGCAGCGGCGCGUUGUCCUUCACGGUGUUGGCCCCGGCGACGUCAUUCGGGCCCCGGCGCGCCACUUUGACUUCAUCGUCGAGGAGCGGCGGCUGCCGGCGUCCGCGCAGCGCCGUCUGUGGCGGGGCCGCGGCGGGGGCGCGCGUGAGUGGGGGCGCCCCCGCGCCGUCGCGUGCGUUCACCACGCCGCGCCGCGCUCCUGUGCCCGGUGCCCUUGGAUGGGGCUGGCGGCGGCGGCGUCGCGGGAGAUAAAGGCGGAGCAGCUCCGCCGCGCCGUGGAGUCUGCGCUGCUUUCUUCUGCUCCUUCCCCCGCGACGGAGGGGCGGCCGGCGGGCUUGGCGCGGCCCCCGCCACCGGUGCGUUUUCUGGAGCCCUUCGAUGUCCCCAUUGUGGCGCACUCCAUGCGCGAGGUGGAGUUUUGCUUCCGGAGGCCGUCCGACGACGAGGGGCUGCAGUCGGGUCUUGGGGAAGCCUCUUUCCCCGCCACGGGGAGGUUUUGUUUUUCACUAAGCGCAACGCACGCACCGGAGUGUUUUUUGGCCACGCCGGAGCAGCAGCGACUCCUUGUGGCCUUGAACCGGUGGGCCGAACGGCUUUCGCCACCCGUGCAAGAGUGUCUUCACACCGCUUUUAUUUUGCAGACGCCGCAGGAAGGACUCACGCGCACGUGGGAGAGUGACCUGCACGUGACGCUGCUUUUGCGGCAGGAUGCGGCAAGCUUCGGUGACUACGGCCCUUUGUGCUCUCCCUCACAGCCCGAGGGGAUGCUUGCGCUGGCGGAACAGCAACUUGUGGAUACGGUGCUCUCCGCAGUGCCCCUGACGAAGCGUCUUGGCAUCGCCGCGGUUUGUAGUAAUGGGUCCAUCGCCUGCUUGUAUCCACGUCCACGGCGUGUGGAGUUUGCGGUGGCGGCAAACGUUGCUGAAGUUAUGGGGGUUGUACCGUGUGCUGCCGUUCAUGGACCGUCAGGGAAGAGAGUGACGGCAAGUCUGCCGUUUGUGCACAGCACGGUCGCCGCCGCCCUUGGGUCGCGGGAACUGACACGCAUUGACCUCUCAUCCCCUUCUGUCUGGCGCCAGGCGAUGUCGCCAGAGGCGGUGGGCUCCGUUUUACUCUCCCUCCUUGGGGACUUGCAGGGGGGCGGUGUUGUGCUGCUGCUUCCGGACCCCAGCCGCCGAGCCUCUGCGGAGGCGUCAAAACUCCCGCCGGCCGCGGGUUCACGGCUGUUGGCGACGGCGCUCUCGCAGUGGCUUGGCUGCGUCUCGACGACGGCUGUUGCGUAUCUCGGGCGGGGUGGAGGGCGGGCGAGUGGGCAGGCGGCGGCGAAUCACACCGGCUUGGACGCCGCGGUGUCCUCUGCGGGGAGCGAUCCCGCGGCGCUGUUCUGCCUCCUCGACGGCGACACGGACGUGGAGGCGACGGUAAAUGUCUUGCGGCACGGCGUGGCGGCGCUGCGUCACGAGCGGCCCCUCGUGCGCUCUACGCGGCUUGUGCUGCUGCAGCUUGCCGCCGAUGGCGAUUUUCGCCUCCUGGGAAGCGUCCUCCGCGGCGUCGUUGCCUGCGCGGAGGCGCAGUUUCAUCUCGGCGUGGAGUGCGGCGUUGUGGACGUUGACCCCUGGAACGCCGCCGCCGCCGGCUACGCCCUGCUGCGCCUUGCGCCCCGCCCCGCCCCGUAG